CUGGCACUCACAAGGUUGUGCAUCUGACUCUCAAGCGAAUGGGUUACAGGACGCCAUCUUGCUUGCCGCACAAACCACGAGAGGCACGGUUUCACGCGACCAACAUAAAGCCAUAUAAUACCGUAGCGGAUGACGGGUUUAUGCAGUCGCAGAUGCGCCAUUAGAAUAAUCCAGUGACAGCAUUCUGCACGUUUCGCGCCUCGAUGGAAAGCCUACGCUCCCACGUGUUCCUCGUCGUCCUCCUGCUCGCCGUCGCUCUGCCCUUCAGCUCGCUACCCCAACGCUCGUCCGCCGCCAAGCCGCCCGAGUCGGUGGCGGUGACGGCGGCGGCGGCGGCGGCGCGGCUGAACUACAGCGAGGCGCUCGAGAAGUGCAUCUUCUUCUUCCAGCUGCAGCGCUCCGGCAAGCUGCCCCCCUCUCAGCGCUCCGCGUGGCGGGGCGACUCGGGGCUCACAGAUGGCAAGGCGGAAGGGGUGGACCUGUCGCGCGGGUACUUCGACUCGGGCGACAACGUCAAGUUCGGCUUCCCCCUGGCGUUCACCGUGACGGCGCUGGCGUGGAGCGUGGUGGAGUACGGCGCGCAGCUCAAGGCGCUCGGGCAGAUCAAGGCCGCCAGGGACGCCGUGCGCUGGGGCGCGCACUACUUCGUCAACGCGCACCCCAAACCCAACGUGCUCUACGCGCAGGUGGGCGACGGGCAGUCGGACCACAGCUGCUGGGAGCGCCCGGAGGACAUGGGCACGCCGCGCACGGCGUACCGCCUGGACGCGCAGCACCCCGGCACCGAGCCCGCCGCCGAGGCCGCUGCCGCGCUGGCGGCGUCCAGCAUGGUGUUCGGCAAGACGGACGCCAACUACUCCAAGUCGCUGCUCACACACGCGCGCCAGCUGUUCAACUUUGCAAAGCGGUACCCGAAGAAGUACACCGACAGCAUCCCAUCCGCUUCUGCUUUCUACAACUCCUACUCCGGCUACAAUGACGAGCUGCUGUGGGCGGCGGCGUGGCUGUACCGCGCCACGGGGGAGGCGCGGUACCUGGACUACAUAGUGACGCACGAGAAGGACCUGGGCGGCACGCAGUCGUCCGUGCAGAUCUUCUCGUGGGACAACAAGUAUGCCGGUGCUCAAGUGCUGCUCGCUAAGGAGUACCUAGCUCGCCAGGACCCGUCCCUGGAGCUGUACCUGAAGCGCGCCAAGGACUUCGUGUGUGGCACCGUGGUGCGCGGGGUCAGAACGCCAGGCGGCAUGCUGUUCCUGAUGUCAUGGAGCAACCUGCAGUAUGUCACGGCGGUGUCCAUGGCGCUCUCUGUGUUGGCCGACUACCUGGACGCCGCCCCUGCCAGUGCGGGCAAUGCCACGGCCAUCCAGUGCGACGCCACCAACGUCACCACCACCAACAUUCGCCGCUUUGUGAAGCGGCAGACGGACUACAUCCUGGGCGUGAACCCCAAGAAGCUGAGCUACAUGGUGGGCUUCAGCGCCUCGUACCCACAGCGCGUGCACCACCGCGGCGCAUCGCUACCGUCCAUCAAGAAGAACAAGACGCUCAUCGGCUGCAACGACGGCUGGCCCUACUUCCAAGCAAAGGCCCCAAACCUGAAUGUGCUGACGGGAGCGGUGAUCGGUGGGCCGGACAGCACAGACGCGUUUCGGGACGAGAGGGACAACUACCAGCAGUGCGAGCCGUCCACCUCCAUCAACGCCCCCUUCGUCGGGGUCCUCGCCAGAGUAGCUGGCGGACCGCCCACGCCCUCCAAGAAAACCAGCCCCCCACCCGCCUCCACCAGGGCUCCCCCUCCUCCUCUCAAAGCACCAUCUCCGCCUGCCAAGCGCAAGUGACAACACACCAGAUAAAACUUGGGGAACAUCAAGCUAACAGAUGGAAACUAACAAGCAUGGGAGGAAAUAAUGGCUGUUAUCAUGCCAAUAUAUGAACGUAAGGAAAAAAGUUCAUAAUGAAAAUAUACUGAUAUGGGUGUGAUUAUGAAUGCUUUGAAUUA